CGCGCUCUCUGCGGACCGCGGUACCAUGGCCCCUGCCCGCCUGCUCGCGUUGCUGCUGCUCCUCGUGGGCGCCCCCGCCGCCUCUGCCGAGUCGAUCCGAGAGACCAAAGUCAUUGACCCCCAAGACCUCCUAGAAGGCCGAUACUUUUCUGGAGCCCUACCAGACGACGAGGAUGUUGGGGCCCCUGGGCAGGAACCCGAUGACUUGGAGCUGUCUGGCUCUGGAGAUCUGGAUGACUCAGAGGACCCCCAGAUCCUUCCUAAACUAAUCGAACCGCUGGUGCCUCUAGAUAACCAUAUCCCUGAGAGGACAGGGCCUGGCAGCGGGGUCCCCACUGAACACAAGGAAUUGGAGGAGAACGAGGUCAUCCCCAAAAGGAUCUCGCCCUUCGAAGGGGACCAGGACGUGUCUAACAGGGUGUCUAUGUCCAGCACUGCGCAAGGCAGCAGCAUCUUCGAGAGGACCGAGGUUCUGGCAGCUCUGAUCGUGGGUGGCGGCGUGGGCAUCCUCUUCGCCGUGUUCCUUGUCCUGCUGCUGGUGUACCGCCUGAAGAAGAAGGACGAAGGCACCUACGACCUGGGCAAGAAACCCAUCUACACGAAAGCCCCCACCAACGAGUUCUACGCCUGAUGCGCCCGCCUGGGCACUGAUUGGCUUGGACCUCCACAGGGGAGGGAAGCCGAAGAAUUUGGAAGGGUGGACGUUAGGGUAGGGGGAGGGCUACCUAAUACUGACCUUUCAGCAUCUCGAGCUCUGAUAAUGUUUCAAGUGUCGGAAGAGACGACAUCUUCUGUU